GAAGAGGCGGCGCCGCCCGCGGUCGACGAGACGCUCGACAUCGUCGAUGAAAAUUGCAUCCGCUACCUCGAGGCGCGCCUGGCCGCCAGCGAGGCCAAUCUCGAGCAGCAGGACGGACGGCGCGCCGACGACGCAGCGAUUAUUGAAGCUCUCAAGGCCAAGAUUGUUGGCCUCAAGGAAAAGAUUCGCAAGGAACGCGCGGGCCGCGAGCAGGAGCGCGAGCACGAGCGCGAGCGGGCCCGUCAAGAGCGCGAGCGCGACCGUCAAGAGCGCGAGCACGAGCGUCAACUGGAACGAGAGCUCCGGACGCAGCUCGAGAAGGCACACAAGAACACCAUGGACGGACCAGAUGAACAUGCACUCUGCCAGGAGUGCCCGCAGCUCCGCGUUAAGCUGCGCGAGUGGCAGACGCGUGCGCUCACGGCCGAGAAAGCCAGCGAGAACAAGGACGUGGAGCUCAUCCAAGCCCGCGUCGAUCUCGACGACGCCCAUGCCAAGACCGUCAAGCUCAAGUAUCGCGCUGGGGUGGCGAGCCCCGUCCAAGGGGUCGCGCAGAGCCCCGUUGGGUCGAUGACAACCUCCCGCAUCCCGGCGGCCUCGCAAACAAGCCCGGCGGUCGUUGGUCACCAAGCACCAACCUCAGCUCCCUCGACGCCUACGACGACGCCAGUUGGCUUGACGCCUCAGUUUUUGCAAGCGCAACAAUUGCAGAGCCCGGUCAUGCAGGCCAACCCGAGCUUUCAGCCGUCGUUGACUGGUCUCGCGCCCCCACACGAAUUUCGCGGCAUGUCUAUCCAAGAGCUUCUCGCCCGAUAUCCUAGCCCGGCCUCGCAGCAGCACGCGGCGCCGCCGGGCCGCGGCUCCGUUCGCUACGCGCCCCAAGAUGCAAUCGCCGCCGGGCACGAUGCCAGCACGGACGCCGACGCCUAUGCCAGCACGGACGCCAACGCCUAUGCCAGCACGGACGCCAACGCCUAUGCCAGCACGGACUCCAACACCAACGCCAACACCAACGCCAACGCCAACACCAACGCCAACUCGCGCCAAGACGCCUACGAAGCGCAAGAUUACAAGAUGAGCAACUUCGCCAGCUUUGGGGCCACCUCGUGGGCCGACGACGAGGCCGAGGAGCACUCGACCUUCCAGGCUGCGCCUGCCCGCCGCACGGAGCACGUCAUCGAAGAAGAGGAGCGCCACCACGCCGAGCCCGAGCCCCGCCGCUACCAGGAAGAAGAGCGCCGCCCGCGCCGCGACAGCGGCGAGUACCAGAAGCGCGAGCCGCAGCCCAUCCCGGAGUAUGGCCCGUUCAAGUGCUACGUGGGCAACUUGCCUUACCUGAUGAACGCCGAUGACAUUGCCGAGUUCUUCCAAGGCCUUGCCGUCACGGACGUGCAUGUGGUCUCGGACCGCGAGACGGGCCGCCCCAAGGGUUUUGCCUACGUCACGUUUGGCGACCGCAAGUCGCUCGAGGACGCGCUCUCGGCCAACGGCGAGAUGAUUGACAACCGCCCGAUCCGUAUCGACGUCGCCAGCGAGAAGAAGGGCCGCGAUACCUCGUUCGGCAACCGCGGUGGCGACCGCGGCUUUGACCGCCCGACCCGCGACGAUCGCUUCGGCGGCGAUCGCUAUGGUGGUCGUGAUGGUGGCCGUGACGGCGGCGACCGCUACGGUCAGCGUGAUGGCGGUGACCGCUACGGCCAGCGCGACGGCGGCGACCGUUAUGGGGGUCGUGGUGGCGACCGUCGCGACGACCGUCGCGAGGAGCCCAAGGAGCGCCCGAAGCUCUCGCUUCUCCCGCGCACGCAGUCGAACGAGGCCAAGGAGGCGGGGCAGCGCGCCAACAUCUUUGGCGACGCCAAGCCCCGUGACGAAUCCAAGUACCUUGAGCGCAAGAAGGCCGAAGCCGAGAAGCCCAAGGUCCACGACGAUCGCGACAGCGCCCGUGGUGGCCGUGGCGGCCGCGGUGAGCCGCGCGCGGGUGGUCGUGGCGACAAGCCGGCCGGUCGUGGCGACAACAAGCCCGCCGCCGCGACGCGCUCGGACGGCGACUGGGUCCGCGGUGGCGCUGCCGCCGCUGUCGAGGCCAAGCCCAAGCCGGCCAAGAAGACGGAAGCCAAGAAGCAGCCUGCCAAGGCGGCCGUGUUCAAGCCGACGGCGGCGUCGACCAAGGUCGUCAACAACUUCAACGUCUUGGGCGACGACUCGGACUCGGAUUAG